AUGGCUCGUUUCUUCGCUGCUCUACUGGCCGCCGCCGCCAUGCUCCAGGUCGGCUCUGCUGCCCCGUUCCCGUACACCAACGGGACUUCCCUUGCUCCUCGUUCCUCGUUUGCAUCGGGCGCAGUUAACAGCACGGUCUCGCAUGAGGUCCUCAAGCGCCGACUCAGGGAAACACUUAACGUAUUAGCCCAGGUUAAGCUAAGGACAGUCCUAAUCAUUCAAAUCGAUACUUUCAACGGUCCGAAGCUACUAGUGAUGGUGCUACAUAAAGCAAGAAACGAAAGAGAGAACCACUAG